GUAGUUGGAUCGAACUACUUAAUAAGUGAAGACGUGCUAAAUAGAAGGAAUCAAACGAACGAACCAUAGCAUCGAGUCGCGGCUCUCUUUGUUCCAAUUAUUUUUUUGUCAUUUACGCGGCGGGACAUUUUAUUUUGAUUUUUUUAGGAGAUUUCGUCAAACAAAUAAAAAAGAAAUCGGUGCUCUGUGAUAAUUAUCGAAAAAUUUGUGCCAUUGCUUGAGAUUGAUUUUUGUCUUUGUAGUUAAUUUUUUUUAUUGGAAUUUUUCGCAUUUUCAAAACAAAAAAACCACUCGCUCGUCAGAAGAAUAAAACGGAAAAAAAAUCAACGAAACGAAACACAUAGGCAACGAGGUCGCAUUCAACAAAUAACGGCAAACAUGUUGUUACGUGCUCAUAAAAGUGGAUUUUUAUUAAUUUUGGCAUUUUGUUCGUUUGAAAGAAUAUCAUCUUCGCCACAGAGGAAUCUAAGGCAAAAUGCAGCCGCUAGCGAUGCAACGCUGCAAUUGGCAACGAAUCAAACGAGCGUCGCGACAAGACAGUUGACGCGUUUGACUGAAAGCUAUCUGCCGGCUGUCAUGCAGACCAUCGCUUAUCACAUUGAACUUCUGCAGUAUGAACCGGUAUUUUCGACAACAAUUGAACCACCAUUCUCGGGACCGUCAACAACACCGCCAACAUUCCCGAACUUGCCAACUUCAAGCUCACCGCAUCCGCCAGUCCAACAACCGGUUACAUGGUGGACCCCACCCAAUACAACGUGGUGGAGCCCACCCAGCACAACGACAAUGACAACGAAACCAACCACCACUUCAUGGUGGUCCACAACUACUCAAAAGCCAACGACCACUUCGUGGUGGAAUCGUCCUCAAAGCUCAAUAACCCAAAAACCAUCGUAUUCAUGGAUUUAUCCAAUUACUACAACUACUCAGAAACCGACAACGACCUCUUGGUGGGACGCUCAAACCAGUACAACGACUCAAAAGCCAACCACUAGCUCAUGGUGGAAUCCUCCAAGCCCAACUACACAAAAACCAUCGUACUUGUGGACUUUUCCUACAACAACAACUCAGAAGCCGACAACGACCUCUUGGUGGAACACUCAAACCACUACAACGACUCAAAAGCCAACCACUACUUCAUGGUGGAACCAUCCAACAACCCAAAAACCAGCAUAUUCUUGGAGUUUUACACAAUCACCGCCAACUUCAUCCUGGUUUUCAACUACAACUCAAAAACCCACGACUACAUCGUGGUGGAAUGCACAAAGUACAACAACAACAACCAAAAAAUCUUCGUACUUAUGGACCUUCUCAUCUUGGCAAUCGACCACCACUAGAAAACCAUGGCAAUCACCAAUUCCAUUUGAUGAUUCAUCAACGGUGACAACGACAACUCCUCGCCCAUCAACAACAACACCAUCUUGGUGGCAUGCAGAAACGACAUCAUUCCACAAGCCAGGCUACUUUGCACCCGAUCGAGUGAAUGAAUUCGCACAUCCAGUCAGUAAUCGUCCAAUUAGCAACGGAAAUAAAAAACCGGCUUCGUGGAAACCACUUCAGCCGCAAACUGGCGAUUUGUCAUUUUUGAGCAUAUCGAAUUUCCCGUUCUUCUCACACUUCGUGCAGCCAAUUUCAAAAUCAUUCGUACGAAAACCGGAAUAUGAGUAUUUGCAUCAAUAUCCAGCUGAAUUAUUGCAAGACAUCGAAAAUGAAGCGUACGAACGGCCAAAAGGAAACGAUCAAGAGGUUGUCAACGAAUUUCGGCGUGUUUAUGAUGAUUUCUUUGCACGUGUUCGUGUCUUCUCACCGAUUACGGGUAAAAAGCGAGUGCCACCGACCCGGCCCUAUGUUCUGUUUUUGAUCUUCUACGAUUUGUGCAAGCGUGAGGCCAAACGAUUGAAUUUACAAGAAUUUGCGGGCUACAGUGAAACCAUGUUGCAAAAGCUGCAUGAAACAUCAAAAUAUUCUUCGGAACGGCAAUUGUACACAAUUAUGAGUGCGAUGCGAGACCAAAACCAAGUCAUAGCGCCAGAUUUCAAUACAAAAUUAAAUGAAAUUUUGGACGAUCUUUCCAAUCCAAACAGUGUGACCGCGAUGGCACUACACAUUUUACCUCCACUGAAAUUCGAGCCAUAGUUUUAUCGAUUAACAGUCAAAUAGAGUAAAACAAAAGAGAAGAGAGUAAAUCGAUUUUAUAGAUUUAAGGAAAUUUUGUAACUAAAUACCCUUCUCCCCCAAUUUCAAUUUGAACAAUCCAUAGUUCUCAAAGAAUUUGAAUCAAUCCAAUGCUCGUGUGUCCGUUUCGUGUGUUGUGAGAUAGGUAAACAGCUCUGGUAAUUCAACAACGAAUUUAAAUAAUUAAUAAAAUUAGAUUUAGGAAAACAAAA